GUGGACGCUUUCACCAUGUGAUUAGUCUAGUGAAAAGAAGGACUUUUAUGUUCUUAAAGACGCUUUAGUUUCUCUUCAAACAGCCUUAAGUGGCAGCCCUAGAUGCAGUAAAUAUAAAAACCCUUUGAUUUUGAGAAAGAAAUCUAGUAAGACCUCGAGAGAAAUGGUGAAACGAAAAAGAGAAAGCACGGGUCCAAGCGCGGUGUCUGAUUCUGGCGCGAAAAGUCCCGAAGAAAAUCCMGAACAAGAAGCCUCCAGCUCAACGCAUGGGCGAGAUAGAAAGCGAAGAAAGCUGUCUUCUACGAAAAGUAGCGAUCCCACUGACAUUUGUGCAGAGUUAUAUGAUGUCAUAAGGAAUUAUCGGACAGAAGAUGGCAGAGUGCUGUGCGAGGCUUUGAUCAGAGUUCCCAAAAGAAGGACAAGCCCAGAGUAUUAUGAAGUUGUAUCCAGCCCUAUAGACCUACUAAAAAUACAGCAACGACUUAAAACAGAUGAAUACGAGGAUGUAGAGACAUUUGUUCAAGAUGUUGAGCUUCUGCUUGACAAUGCUUUAAAGUUCUACAAGCCAGAAAUGCAGGAGUACAAGGAUGCUGAACAACUUAAACAAGUAUUUGAAGAGGAAAAAGAGUCAAUUUUAAACAUAAAAGACGAUGAUCAAUUAGAUGAUGUUAUUUUAGAUGAUAAGGAUGAUCAUGAUGAUGAUGACGAAAGUGACACUGGCAUGAAAACGCAGCACAAAGAGAAAGGAGCUUCUUCAAAACAGACAAAGAACCAACAAGGUGAACAGUUUUUAUAUCCAGAAUAUUAUGAAGUCAUUAAAGAACCUAUUGACCUGAAGAUAAUAUGUACAAGAGUUAGGAACCAUCAUUAUUGUUCUGUUGAGGACUUGGAGAAAGAUCUUCAAUUAAUGGUCAAAAAUGCUCAUACAUUCAAUGAACCUGGAUCACAGGUUUACAAGGAUGCAUCAACAAUCAAAAAGUUGAUCCAGACCAAAAAAGCAGAAAUUGAUCAUGCUGUGAUGGGUGCCAAAUCAAGCUCCAGGCUCAAGGCAAGGCGAAGCACAGGUCACUUCAGCUCUGCAAUCUCUGCUUUGCUUGAGGAGGAAGACGACCAGGCAACAUAUCAAGCUGGUUCAUUUGCACAAGAUGAACAGUAUGAAGACAGCACACAAGGGGAUGAAGAUGGUGAUGAUGAUUCUGACAAUCCUUUGAUGAUGUUAUUCAAUGAGAUCUACAAAUAYACUGACGUAACAGGAAGGCUGAUGAUUGAACCCUUCCUUAGACUACCAUCACGCAGGGCUUACCCUGAUUAUUACGAAGUCAUCAAGAAACCCAUAGCCAUGAUGAAAAUCAGAUCUCAAAUAAAGAGUGGUCUCUAUGAUACUCUCGAUGCUUUGGAAAGUGAAAUGGAAGUGUGUUUUACCAAUGCACAAACRUAUAAUGAGCCAAACUCUAUGCUUUAUAAGGAUGCUGAAAGAAUGCUUGAACAUCUCAAACGAAARAAGAUAGAAAUAAGUAAAAUGAUUCAAGAGAAAGGCAUCAAUUUAGAGGACUUUCUCAAGUCAAAGAAGAAAAAAGUCAAAAAACAGGCUGAUCCAGUUCAAGCAGAAGUCCCAACUAUUGAAGAGCCUGCUGUUGUUCAACMACCUGAGUUCAGACARAUUAAAGAGAUGAAGACAAAGAAAAAGGUCACUGCUGAUGGAAAACCAAAGAAGAAGAAAACUGAAGAUGUGGAUCCUYUGGURUUGAAAAAGAGAAUGAGGCAACUUGCAAAAGCMGUGCUGAAYUAUCAGGAUGAAACUGGCCGAUACUUGUGUGCUAUCUUCAUGGAUUUGCCAUCAUCUGAGGAGUAUCCAGAUUACUACAAAGUUAUUUCUGAACCUGUUUGUCUCAGUCAAAUAGAAGUUAACAUUCGUGAUAAUAAGUAUGCUUCUGAAGARGAGUUGCUGCUUGACUUUGAAGUCAUGUUUGAUAAUGCCAGGUACUACAAUGAAGAAGACUCCCAAGUUUAUCAGGAUGCCUGUGUUCUUGAGAAAGUUUUAAAAAAGAAGAAAAAGGCAUUGGGACCUAUUCACCCAGUAACUCCAGAAGCUGGACCCUCAGCCAUGUCUUCUCCUGUUGCGAAAAUAACUACUCCAACCAAAUCAGGSAGAAUCUCGAGUUCRCCUGGUGCUGCCAGGAAAUAUUACCAAGUACCAUCAGCUAGCAGUGAUCUGAAAGAGUUGUGCAAAGAACUGAUUAGUGCUGUGAAAGAUUGUACGGAUAUGAGHGGACGCCAGCUCUGUCUAAUCUUUCAAAAACUACCAUCUAGAGCAGAGUAUCCCGAUUACUACACACUCAUCAAGAAGCCCAUUGACAUGGCUAAAAUCCAGUCCAAACUAAACGGAGAUCAGUACCAGACACUUGAUGACUUCAUGUCAGAUUUCCACCUUAUGUUUGACAAUGCUUGCCGCUACAAUGAACCAGAUUCACAGGUUUACAAAGAUGCCUUGAGUUUAUUGAGAGCUCUUUUAAGAAAAAAAGCAGAGUUAGUAGGUGAUGAAAACAAGAUUCCACAUGUUCCAUUCCUGGUGCAGAAGUUAUUGACAACUCUUUAUGACUCUGUCAUGCAACAUGUGGAYGAUGAAGGAAGAUGCUUUAGUGACUCACUUGUGGAGUUGUCUGUUAAGCACGGUGGAAACAAAAUCACAUUGGAAAGCAUUGGYGAAAACCUAAAAAGGGGAUAUUACAGAAGACUAGAUAAAUURCAAGAAGAGAUCUUUGCUAUUUUUGAGAAAGCAAGAAAAAUCAGUCGUUCAGACUGUGAGAUGUAUGACGAUGCUGUUGAGCUUCAAGUCCAUUUCGUGGUCCAUCGUGACAAGCUGUGUAAGGAUGGCGAGAGGUUUAUCUCUCCAGCACAUCAGAUAGUGAUUCUGGUGUGAAAGAACUAACCAUUGGAGCAACACAAUACUCUGUUGGUGAAUUUGUUUAUGUUGAACCAAGAGAGGAUAAACUUCAACCUCAUGUUGUUCUUAUUGAAAAACUAUGGACAGACACAUCAGGGGAGAAGUGGCUGUUUGGUAACUGGUACUACAGGCCUGAAGAAACUUUUCAUCUCGCCACAAGAAAAUUUCUUCAGAAAGAAGUUUUCAAAAGUGAUUACUCCUCUCCGUGUAAGCUUAGUAAGGUGCUUGGAAAGUGUUAUGUCAUGACUGUGAAAGACUACUUCAAGCUAAAACCAGAGGGAUUUGACGAUGACAAUGUUUAUGUCUGUGAGUCGAGGUACUCUGUGCGAACAAAGUCAUUCAAAAAGAUCAAGAUGUGGCCAUCGCAAAAUACCAACGUAACCAUGGUUGCACGAGAAGUGGUUUUGACACCCAAAAGAGUCCCAUCAGUCUUUGCACCAAAUGAUGAGCAGAAAACUGUUGCCAUGGAUACUGAUGACAUUGAAGACUUAGAAACAGAUGCUAAAAAGAAUGUUCCUCUAGAUAACAACCCCAAUCCCAAUGAUGGAAGUGUACAAUUUGAACAGAUUUGUUUGGGGGAAAUUCCUUACAAAUUGGGUGACUGUGUUUAUGUACGAUCAGAUGAGGACUACCUAUAUAUCGCAAGAAUUGACCGCUUGUGGUCCGACAGAAAUGGUAAUACAUGGAUGCAUGGGCCAUGGUUCAUAGGGCCAGGGGAGACCCAGCACCUACCCACCAAGAUGUUUUAUGAACAAGAAGUAUACCUAAGCUCUUUGGAAGAGACCUUACCAUUCCAUAGCAUUGUAGGGAAAUGCAUGGUACUCUCAAUCAGAGAUUAUAUGAGAUGAAAGAUAUUUAUCUCAAUGAAGCUCGCUAUGAUGAGGAAGAGGGACAAUUUAGAAAACUAAAAGGGCUCAAGAGAUACUCAUUGUCCAUGAACUGCUAUGAAGAAGAGUUUUACUACUUUGAAGAACCUGUUAACCCAUUAAAGGUUCCAUCGCCAUUGUURUUUGAAGACCAAGACAUGAUGGCUGCUGGAGACAGAAGUAUUUCACCAUCAACAUCWGUAGAGUCUGCAGAAUCUGGAAAGAAACAGAAAAAACCUCGUAGUCAAUCGGCAUAUCUGCUGUUUGCWUAUGAAAGGMGACUUGCUCUUCGAAGAGAACACCCRGAGUAUGUCUUUGGAGAAAUCAGUCGUGUUAUUGGUGAAGAGUGGMGAAAUGCUAGUGCUGCACUGAAGUCUGAGUUUGAAGCUAAAGCACAGCUGCAACUGAGUCAAUCUGAUAAUGAGAAUACUCAUCGUAACCAAUCAUCCACAAGUAUGUUUGUGUAUGACUGUUAUUGGCGUGGUUGUGAUUUCCAAUAUGAAGACCUCCAAGACUUGCGAGUUCAUGUUCUUGACAGUUCUAAUCACUUAAAGAAAGCAGAUGAYGGCGUCUAUCACUGUUUCUGGUCUACCUGUACGCGAGAGCGCAGRGGAUAUAGRCCCUUCAACUCCAGUGCCAAACUGUUUCGCCAUUGUAGAGAGGURCAUCUGAUAGGUCCGCCUAGGAUUGUCGCUCCUCAGGACAGAUCCAAAAAUUACUUCCCACGACACCAAGCAGCUAUUGURGAYGCUGACCAAAGCACUUCGCCUACACCCCCACGGGGAGCCACACCCGCAGUUGCAGCCCCGUCUAUGGGUGUAGCUCCAGGAGGUGCAGCUGGUAGUAUGAUGGGAAUGGGUCAGAAUGUCAACCAGGGAAUGCAAGGACAUUUCCAACAGCCUGGUAAUGUCCAGACACCYAGCCAGUUCCUUCCUGGACGCUUGACACAGCAAGGGAUACAGCAGGGUGCAAUGUAUAAUAAUAACAGUACUGUGAACAGUCCUUUCAGUCAGCAGCCUUUACAGCAAAACAACACUAUGCUACAGAGACAGAUGCCUAUGGGGGGUGGUGUUGGGAUGAAUAUGAACCAGCAAAGCAUUUCACAGCAACCAGGCCAGUCACCAGGCUACCAACAACAGUUUAAUCAAACACAGCAAUUCAACUUCCAGCAACAAAUAAGCCAAAUGGGACAGAUUAGCCCUUCAACACCACAGGGACCCCAGAUGAACCCAYURCAACAGAUGAGUCAAAUGAGCCAGUAUCAGAACCAGACCCCCACUCAACAUCAACAGCCGACUCAAACCCAGGCUGCUCAAAUUCAGCCCCAGGCUCCUGCUCAGCCACCCAUACCACCACCUGAAAUGCCUGCRCCAAUAUUUGUGGCGCCUCCAUCUAAACCACAAAGACUGCAUCAUUCAGAGGCUUAUCUGAGAUACAUUGAAGGCCUGCGUGAUGGUAACCCGCACAUGAGCAACUGGAGUCAGACAAGRAAACCAGACGUUAACACCAUGACUCCACAACAAAUAGCCCAGUUACCUGUUCAUUGGCUUGGAAAUGGUUAUGGUGACUAUGACAACCCAGUWGAUGCGCUAUGGGCUCUUAAAGAACACAUGUUAAAAGAUGCAUUGUCUCUUUCUCACCCAGGAGAAUACUAAAUGUUGUAUCUCUAUUUAGAAGCAUUWAUUAGUAUUUUUACCAAUAAAUCACAAAUUACUUGAAAUAUAUCGAAAACCCGCCUUUUUAUCA